AUGAAGAAGCCAAAGUGGAUGCGUCCAUUCAUCGAAGAACCGAUACCAAGUGACAAGCAAGAUGAUCCAAAGCGCUCACUGAGACUCCCUUGGACCGCCGCCAUCGCUGUCUUUCUGUGCUCAAUCGGUCUGGCAUGCCAACUGGUCACGGUACUCGUGCCAUCGACUGGCUUCGCCUUCAAUAUCGUCCUCGCUGCCGUCUGGGCCGGAGCUACGCUCCUGUUGGUUUUAUGGCGACCACGGACCGGCUCAUCCUUGCGAGCCCUAGCGUACGCAGGUCUUGUGAGCGCACAUAUCGCUCUUCUGCUGGUUCGAAAACGCAACCGGCAAGGCUUUGGAGGCACGUUUAACUGCAUCUCAACACUCAUCUCAUGCCUCAUUCUCUUGAUCGAGCUCAAUAUGCCCCUGCGGGAUUCCACCUGGCCACGCGACGGCAUAGCAAAGCCAGGCUCCGAACCCACCGUGGCAUUGCGUAGCCCUGAGGACUGUUUAACAACAUGGCAGUGGAUGUCUGUGACUUGGAUGGAGCCUCUCAUCAAGCUCGGCUCCAAAAGGCAGCUUAACACCAGCGAUGUCUGGUUUCUGCCCUAUGAAUUCCAACAUCGCCCUUUACACGAUGCCUUCCGAGAGCUACAGGGCUCUGUCCUAGGGCGCCUUCUUCGUGCCAAUUGGAUUGAUCUAUUCGUGCUCACCGUGCUGGGGUUUGCGGAGCUGGCGGCGGACUUCUCGACGCCUCUUGUCCUGCAGCUGCUAUUGAAAUCCAUGGACAGAAUUGCUUCUGACAAAGUCCCGGCAAUGAAGUUCGCUGUCUUGAUGCUGGCUGUCAGACUGGUGGAUGCUCAGGUUCAGGUCCUUGCUCUAUGGUUCGGAAGGAGAGCGUACGAGCGGUCCCGGGGUGAGAUGAUGACCAUGCUGUACGAGAAGACGCUUAAGCGAAAGAUUGUGGGCCAUCUUCCCGAAGCGAAAGAGUCUGAAGAAGCGAAUGGGAGUUCAGAGGCUAACGGAGCUACUGAUGGCUCCGACAAUAGCGAAGAGACGGAAGGGCUCCUGAACGGCCAGUCCAAAAAGACUGCCAGCACUACCCGAGGACGUCUCGAUAGAGUCUUGCAUCGAGUUCGCGGCAUGUUCUCAGGUGCAAGGGCACCAGAACCACCGGCCCAGAAGUCGGCAUCGAUUGGCAAGAUUCUCAAUGUUCUCCGGAACGACGUUUAUGAGGUGGCACAACGGUUCUGGGAGUUUCAGACCCUCAUAUUUGCACCAUGUGGCACCGUCAUCGCUGCCUUUCUGGUCUGGAGACUACUUGGCUGGGCAUGCCUCCUCGGCAUAGCUGUAGUAAUCUUCGCUCAAAUUAUUAACGCUUUCUUGGUCAGAAUACUCAUUAGUUGGGAGACCACCCGACGUGCUGCAACCGACACAAAGCUGCAACGAAUCUCCGAGUAUGUUGAAGCCAUCCGGCAUUUGCGAUGGUAUGGGUGGCACCCAUCCUGGCUUGAAGGAAUCAUGAGCGCCCGCCAGCGUGAGCUCAACCUCAAGGUCGUCACACAGCUCUGGACACUGGCUGUCAUCUUCGUCAAUCAGCUUGGCAGCGGCGUUCUACCAGUUGCAGCUUUCUUCGCCUACACGGCUAUUGCAAAGCAAGAGCUACGCGUUGAUAUAGCAUUUCCGGCUCUGCAGCUCUUCGCCAUGUUACAAAAGCGUCUCCAGCAGCUCCCAAACAUGAUCACUGUGCUACUCAAUGCGAAGGUGGCAAUGGGCCGUUUGGAGUCUUUCAUGAAUGAGCCCGAUAAACCCGAAAACCCAGCAGCAGACUCCUCAGACCAGCUCGAGCUGAAAGGUGCCUCAUUCUCCUGGCCCGGGAUCUCCCACACCAUCCUCCGCAACGUCGACAUCAAAUUCCCACAAGGUCUUUCGCUCGUUGUGGGCAGAGUCGGUGCGGGCAAGACGGCAUUGCUGCAGGGUCUGCUGGGCGAGCUUGACCUGGAAUCUGGUCAUUUGGUGAAGCCGGCAGACACGCCGAUUGCAUAUUGCCUUCAAACUCCAUGGCUUGAGAGUAUGAGCAUUCGUGAUAACAUCCUUUUCAACUCGCCGUACGACGAUGAUCGCUAUAAGCGCACGUUAGAUGCUUGUGCCCUUACACCUGACUUGGCAACCUUUGAGCACGGCGACCUUUCAGCUAUUGGCGAGAAUGGCAUAGGCCUUUCUGGAGGUCAAAAGGCGAGGGUCGCCCUUGCUCGAGCUGUCUACAGUCACGCGCCUAUCCUUCUGCUGGACGAUCCUAUCAGUGCGUUGGACCAGCAGACGGCGGAGUGGAUCGUUAAACGCUGCUUUACGGGAAAGCUCGUGGAAGGCCGGACAGUAGUGCUUGCUACUCAUCGGACAGAUCUGUGCCAGAACAUCGCUGUUCAGACUAUUGAGGUCACAGACGGAACAGCUAGACUGGUCCAGGGCACGUACGUGGACGGCGCUGCAGAGCUCGCGCACGUGAUUUCGACCGAUCAUCGACUAGACACGGAACAGAAGAAGAUGGAAGCGGCUGCCAUCCGCGAUAAAUUCGAAGAUGAAGAGCAUCGGGCGCACGGAGGCGUCCAGCUCGCGGUGUAUUGGGAAUACAUCAAAGCGGGCCAACUGAGAUGGUGGCUCAUGCUGGCCAUCUCUGCAUCUGCUUUCCAGCUCCUCCGGAUUGCCGAGAGCUGGUUCUUGAAAGAGUGGGGUGAAGCAUACAACAGAGGCACCGAGCAGCUUGUCGGGAUGCUGACAUUUCCAUUGAACGUUCGUGUCCUCGAGACACCUGUCUCUGGUGUCUUCAAACGCUUCCCGGACCCUUCUGAGGAUGUGUAUCCUUGGCUCAAAGGCUAUCUCACCAUCGUCGUAUUGGGUCCGGUAGCGCUUGUCAUCGGUCAGGCCUUCAUGGUGACGCUCACUUACAUGGCUGGUAAGAACAUGUUUAGAGAGAUUAUGUUCCGCAUCAGCAACGCGCCAUUCCGGUACUACGACGUUACUCCUAUUGGGCGGCUUUUGAAUCGGUUGACGUCUGAUGCGGGCACACUCGAUGGCAACAUCUCGCAACAGUUCACACAAGUCAUCUUCCAAGGGGUUGCGUGGCUGUCGUCAAUCUUUGUGUUUGCGGGUGUUACGCCAGCAUUCCUGGUCUUCUCGCUCCUGCUCACUGCAACCUUCGUGUGGAUCUUUAUGCGAUUUCUUCCUACCUCGCAAAGUCUGCGACGGCUCGAAAUGGUGUCGCUGAGCCCACUAAUGUCCAACUUUGGCGCACUUCUAGGCGGAUUGACGACGGUACGAGCAUUUUGUGCACAACCCGCGUUCCUUGCACGAGUUAUCACAGUUGUGGAUGAGUUCCAGAAGAACGACCAUUUCUAUUGGAGCUUACAAGAGUGGUUGAUGUAUCGUUUCGAUGUGCUGUCCUCGUUGUCGACAUUCGCACUUACCUGCCUUGCUGUCUAUUCAGGCUUGACCCCUGGUCUAACAGCAUUUGUGCUCAUUGCAGCGCAGCAGUUCGUGGCGUCGACGCAUGCACUGUGCCGACAGUAUGGCCAGCUACAGCUAGACUUUGUUUCUGUGGAGCGUGUCGUUGAGCUCAUUCAUCUGGAGAGCGAGGAGCCAGGAGACAUCAAGCCACCUGCCUCGUGGCCCAAGUAUGGUGCUGAAGUCGAGUUCCAGGAUGUUAGCAUCAAAUACACCCCGACAGCUGCACCAGCUGUAUCCGACAUCAACUUGAAGAUCGAAGGAGGCAAGCACACUGCUAUCGUCGGCCGCACUGGCUCCGGUAAAUCCACCCUCUCCCUCUCUUUGCUCGCCACCACACCUUUAUCAUCCGGCAAAAUCAUCAUAGACGGCAUCGAUAUAUCUCGCGUUGACAAGACCACCUUGCGUUCCAGAAUCACCUUUCUUGCCCAGGACCCAAUCCUGUUCCCGGGCAGCCUCCGCCAUAACCUUGAUCCUCAAUCCGAGCACUCUGAUGCGGAAUGUACGACUGCUUUGUCUCUUGCUUGCCUUGACACAACCAGAUUUACGCUGGACUUUGAAGUAGCCGCGCAUGGACACAACCUGUCUCAAGGUCAGCGCCAGCUGGUAUCCUUAGCAAGAGCACUGCUCCGGAAGAGUGCAGUUGUCAUUAUGGACGAGGCAACCGCAAGUGUCGAUUUGGAGACUGCGGAACAGGUAUACCGCGUGGUAAGGGACGAGCUGCAGCGAAACGGUUCGACUGUGGUCAGUGUGGCGCAUCGGAGGGGUGCCAUGCAGGGCGUGGAUGCUACAGUUACCCUUGUCGGUGGAGUCAUGGAGAGUGUUAUACGUGAGACAGGCAAUGAACGAUGA